ACCUAUUGUGUCACGAGGACACCCUUUCGCCGAAGAUGUCUUAGGAGGGGAUUUGCCUAGCAACUUCAGCGAGUUGAGUUUGUCCUAUGAUGGAUCGGCGGACCCAGCUAGGCAUUUGAGAUCGUUUGACAACAUAGCCGUGCUGCACAGGUAUAGUGAUGUUGUGAGUUGCCGAGCCUUCUUGAAGACGUUAAAGGGGUCGGCGCAGGAUUGGUUCCACCAGCUGCCAGUGGGAUCUAUUGAUAGCUUUGAAAAGUUUAGCUCUCUGUUUCCGAAUCAGUUCGCGAGCGCCAGGAAGCACGAGAAGACGUAUCUUACACUAAUCAAUAUGCAGCAGAAGGAGGGGGAGACCUUGCGACAAUAUAUAGCACGGUAUACUAAAGAGUGCGUGGAGGUUCCCUCUGCCUCGGAAGAGAACAAAGCUGGAGGACUUACGCGGGGAUUGAGGCCUGGGAAGUACAUAGAUUCAUUGGCGAAGAGGCCGGCGAGGUCCUUUGAUGAGCUACUUGAGAGGUGUAGCAAAUAUGUGAACAUGGAGGAAUUAGAGGCAGACUUUACCCGAAAUGACAAGACGAAGGCCAAACAGGUAGAGGAGAGGCCUAGGCAGGAUGAUCGACGAGCUACCCCGAAGGAGUCUAGGGUCGAAGAGCGGUCCAAAGGUCCGAGGUACGAGCAUUACAAACCACUUAGUGCACCACAACAGGAGAUUUUGGAGACAAUGGAAAAACGAGGGGAGGACAAGUUGCUGGCGCAGCCAAAGCCUCUGCCCCCACCGCGGAAGUUUUCGGCAUCGAAGGACAGGUAUUGUCGGUACCACCGUGAAUAUGUCCACUCUACUAAUUUUUGUCGAGAGUUGAAGGAUGAAAUUGAGCGGCUCAUUAGGGUCGGUAACUUAAAGGAGUUCGUUAUCAAGGACAGAGAGCGCCAAGAUGAUCGUCGGGAAGGGCGCGAGUCAGGUGACAAGCGAAGAAGGACUGAUGAGCAACUUGACAGAACAGUGAAUAAGGGCAUAAUACACAUGAUCGUGGGAGGUCCUAAAGAUGGAGAUUCACAUAGGGAGAGGAAGAGGACCUACCGGGGAAAGGGUGUUGCUAAUGAGGUGGCCGUGGUGCAAGU